UGUUCGUACAUCCCUCCCUGCACAAGAGAUGAUCAGGAGAACUCUGAGAAUGUCACAUACAAGCAGAACUACUGGAAAGAGAAAGUGGGUUCGCAACCAUUUACAUGCUAUUUUAACCGCUUGAGGCCAGAUGAUGUGAUGCUCAAUCACACCCAUGAUGAGACUGUCCUCUUGCACUGCUUCCUCUGGCCUCUGGUUACGUUCCUGGUCGGAGUCCUCAUCGUGGUCCUGACAAUCUGUGCCAAAAGUUUGGCUGUCAGGGCAGAGGCAAUAAAAAAGAAGAAGCAUCU